UAGUAACAACUAUUUCUGCCAAUUUAUUUCGGAAUUACGAGUUUACGAGGAGCUCUUGAAGUGCUCCAAUGUCUGCGCGCAGAUCCAUCUCACCGGUCGCGUAAUAAGUGUGUGUACACCGUGUACAGCUCCUCUGCCAUGACGGACGGGUCGGACUGGUAGCCGGGCCUCUGAUCUCCGCCGGACAGUCGCGAUGGACUUCGUGCUGAGCGGAGCGGCGGCGUGCGGAGCCUGUCUGUUCACCAACCCGCUGGAAGUCGUCAAAACGCGCAUGCAGCUCCAGGGAGAGCUCAAGAGCCGCGGCUCGUACCAAGUCUACUACCGCAACGUCUUCCACGCGUUUUACACGAUCGGCAAAGUGGACGGACUGGCCGGUUUGCAGAAAGGACUGAUGCCCGGGCUUGUUUAUCAGUUUUUUAUGAAUGGAAUCAGGCUGGGCUCGUACGCCGUCAUUGAGUCCUCCGGAUACAUCCACACUAACGGGAGGGUCAGCGCGGCCAAAACCACGUUAGCGGGGGCUGUGGCUGGAGUGGUCGGAGCCGUGAUUGGAAGUCCCGUAUACCUGGUUAAGACUCAUCUGCAGAGUCAGUCUACCUCCUCUAUUGCAGUUGGACAUCAGCACAAGCACCAGGGGAUGAUCCUGGCUCUGUCAGCCAUCUACAAGCAGCAUGGCAUUCUGGGACUGUGGAGGGGCUCUAGUGCUGCUGUGCCAAGGGUCAGCGUGGGGUCAGCUGCACAACUCUCCACCUUCUCCUCCUCCAAGGAGCUGGUGGUUGACCUGCAGGUGUUCCCAAAGGACAGCUGGUUGGUGCCCCUAAGUGCCGGCAUGAUCAGCAGUGUGGUGGUGGUGAUGGCGAUGACACCUUUUGAUGUAGUGAGCACACGGCUCUACAACCAGCCCGUGGAUCACUUGGGCAAGGGGCAGCUUUAUAAAGGAUUCGCUGACUGCUUUUCUAAGACGCUGAGGAAAGAAGGCUUGAUGGGACUCUACAAAGGCUUGGGAGCCUCUUAUUUCCGGCUUGGCCCACACACCAUUCUGUCUUUGUUCUUCUGGGAUGAACUGCGCAAACUGUACCAGCAGUUCAGAUAACACCCGGAAAAAUGGUGGUGGCGGUGCUGCUCCUGUAGCAGAGGACCUGGACCAGGAGGACACAGCUGAGACCGGCUGAGAGUGUCUGGGACAAAGUGGUGAACAAGCUUACGGUCUCCUACAAGACAAAGGUCGACUUAGUUAGUAAAGACAACGAUGACAGAUUGAAGUGGUGUAAAAUGUGUGGUCGUGCAGCUCUGUUGUGAGUUAAUCCUGAUUGCAUACCUGUAGAGACGCAAAGAGAACACCCAGAGAUCCAGCCCACGACACUAACACAGACAGAGUCGACAGCUGGCCCGUGUGGCCGUUACAGUGGUUGGUUCUAGCUUGGAGAACCUGGAAACAACAAAUCCGGCAAACAAAUUCACUCUCCUGAUAGAUUUGCACUGUGCACGAUCACUUCACAGUUCACAGAUCAGGACAGCUCAGAAAUUGCACUGACAGGAUAAGCCAUUGAGUUGCUACCUUGCUUGCAAUUAAAGCUGCCAAACUGGAGGCCUGCAUCACUGAGACAACUGCUGCAGCCGCGUAGGAGCCCAGAAGGAACAUUGCACCCCCGUAAGCCAAGAGGAGCAGCAUCCCUGCCAAACAAGUGUAAAACAGGAAAUGAAUGAGGAACUUCAUGCACAACAAAAAAAAUGCAGCGCAUAAGGAACACAGAACGUUUUACCAAGAAUGUUCACUUACGGAAUCAAUAGUGAUUGGACAAAACUUAAACAUUCACUUUUUAAACUAUCAUCUCAACCUAUGAAAAUUAGUAAAAAGAGUAAUUGUUUUUCUACCAAAAAGUGUCUGUGGGAAGUGUAUGAGUGGAGAGGUAACACCACAAGGUGGCGCUCUAGUAGAACACGGAGCAAAAAUGAAACAAGAAGAUUGUGAGUGAGUUUGGUGAAAACAUGGGCAACCUGAAACGAUGUCGUCACUUGUAAGUGGUGCAUUUUAACUGUUUUCAAGGAUUUACACCGAGAGCCACAGACAGGAAGAGGGUAGAGACUCGGGUUUUGGUCUUUCUAUGGGAUUUGUUGACAAUAAGAAAAAUAUAGAAUAAUGCCAGAGUUAUCCUAAAAGUGUAUACAUUAUUUGGUAUGUGAAUUUGAAAAAAAUGUGAAUGUGCAGGUAUGUGUGCUAACCUGUGAGGGUAUCACCCCGAUAAUGCAGGAUGAGGAAGACUAUUGCUGCUGUCUGGGCCAAGGUGAAGAGCCUUUCAGCCCAGGCGCUGUAGAGCAGUUUAUGUAAAACACAUGGAAAGCACACAUCUAUGAUAACAGGUACAUGCUGCCAGACGCAAAACGGAAAAAUACUCAGAGAACCACAAUUCCUUGGAGACUAUGUUAACCAACAGUUUUUAAAUGGAUGUCGCCAGUGCACAUUCAUAAAUCACGAGCAAACUGAGAAAACCACUGGUAAAAUGUGGCUUCAAGCCUGAACGCGUUAAUGACAUUGGUUUAGUUUCCAGCAUCACUCAAACAGAUGAACUCCUGCGAUUUGAGGACACCGGAGUUCAGCAUGGUGCAACAUGACUAUGAAAUAAAACAUGUGACUCCGAUCUGCCAGUGAAUUGUUGACCACAGGUUGAGAAUAAUUGAAUGUCCUUAAAUACAUACAAGAGUGGGUAGUUGUUGGCCACGGCGUACACAACAGGACACGAGAAGGCAUACAGCUGCAGGAGCACGGAGGUCAGACUCAGGCCCUCUGCACUUCUUCGCCACAGUAUCUUGAACAGCUGUGGUAGCUGUGCUGCAGGGAGACGGCAGACAAGGAGGAGUGACGACAACUAACAGAGUUAGUUAGUGGGUUUGGUGGUUGUGUCCAGAUUAGCAAUCAAUAUGUAAACAAUGAGUGCAACAUUGCAAUGAUGGACACAAAACCUCUUACUAUCCAUAUAAAGUAGCAUUGGCUACUUCAUUGUACUGUGGAAAUGUCUGCACUUUUGCACAGAUGACAUGUACAGUUGUGUCCAAACAUAAUAGCAGUGUGUUUAAAAAAAGUGAGUAAAGCCCAAAAUCCGUAUAAUAGCUUUUAUUCCAAACCAAGAAAUGCAGAGGAAUUGUGGAAUGUAGUCCAAUCGUCCUGGGCUGGAAUACCUGUUCACAGGUGCCA